AACACAUUAAUAUAAGAAGCACUGCUUUGAAUAAAGCCAUACAAUCAAUAGCCUCUCAGUAUGAACACCAAACCACCGCUCCAGGUUCCCAACUUUAUUGGCAGUGGUACAUCAUCUCGUCCACAAAGUCCAUCGCUAUGUUUUUCCACCACCUCGUCGAAGAUAGAUAAAAAUGAAGCAGUUACACUCUGUGGUUGCCAGCAAGCACCGAAAUCUCAAUGCGCUUCGGCUUUGGGGGUGCUCGUGCUGGUACUAGCGUACACUGCUCUUGGAUCAGUGCUUUUCGUCACACUGGAAGGCGAUGGAGAGGAUGGCGAUAUUAUUGAGACAUCCGUUGCGGCAUCCAAACCAUAUCCAAGGCAUGAUUUAGUUAGUGCAGAAAUGCGGCUUAAGACUGUCGAUCGAUUAUGGUCCAUUACUGAGGAUUUAAAUAUUUUGUAUAAAGAGAAUUGGACUCGUUUGGCUGCGCAGGAGAUAUUACACUUUCAGGAUACGAUAAUAAGAUCAGUUCGAGCAUCUCGUACCCAACAGGUGACCAAUGUACAGCAAAACACACGCCCCUACAAGUGGACAUUUGCUUCCGCUUUCCUAUACUCGUUAACGUUGAUAACAACAAUAGGGUUUAGCGGGAUCUCUCCACGGACCCAAUGGGGACGUGUAGCAGCACUGAUUUAUGCGCUUUUCGGAAUACCCAUCAUAUUGCUGUACCUCUCGGCCAUCGGUGAAGGCUUGUCGAGUGGUAUGCGUUGUCUUUUUCGACGAUUACGACCGAACCGCUCCUCGCCUGGAAGCACCAACAACAGCAACAGCAGCAGUUCUAGCAUUGGCAGCGUCAGCGUUCCGAUGAGCAGCAAAGCAACGGUGGCAGAGAUGCACAAACGGUCGCAGCAAUCGAGCUACCAUCAAACCUGGAACCACGGUGGCUCUACCAUACACGAUCCCUGCACAUACGCCCUCAACGCGCACGGUUUGCGUGGCGGGAUGGGUGCAAAUAGUAAACUGCAAUCCCAAUCCGUUGUACCAAUAUCGGUCUGCAUUAUGAUACUGAUCUGCUAUAUUACACUAGGGGCGGUGCUCUUUCAUAAACUGCAGCCUUGGGGAGUUUUGGAGAGCCUGUACUUUUGUUUCACUUCCCUCGGUACCAUCGGGUUCGGAGAUCUGAUGCCAAAGGGCACGGUUGCACAAUACGCCGCAUCAGCGUACAUCAUUAUUGGUAUGGCCGUAGUGGCAAUGUGCUUCAGUCUUAUCCAAACGGAGCUCAUUAUCUGGCUGAAGAAGUUUACCAUCCCGGAAUCACUACCCACGUCCACCGAGGAUGUGGCACUCGUUUCCGUUGCCAUGACGCCGAUAAAAUCCUGACAACGGCCAAACGAUCUCAUCCCCAACGAGUACAACUCGCUACCGCGCCGCUCCAGCGCAUUCCAUCGCAACACUCCAGCGCGACGCUCGACCGGCAUCAUGGAGAAUCACAUGGAAUACUUCGUACCUCGAAGCGUUAGCGAAUUUAACCUGUCUGGCGUAGGCGAUCUCGCGCUCCCUCCGCCCAAGCGCAAUCUGGUGACACAGCACGCGGCUAGCUCGACCAUGCUGGCCGCACCAAAGCCACGCGAAAAGAUGGUCACGUUCGAGGACGAAUCCAAGUUUUUGCACGGCGUGCCUACUACCCCGCGAAAGCCGACCCUGACCAACGAUGUGUUCAUGUGACGUGACGGGUCCCGCAAUGGUGAGUCGCCUCCACCGAACCAGUAUCCAAAUGAUGUGAUCAAGGUUUGAUAGGACUGAAACACCGUCGCUCAACCAGCUUCCGGUUUGUUUCAGCAA